AGCCACCUUUUACAAGGCGUUGAUACAUCACCCAGCGUCAUCAUACCUCGUUUCUUGUCUCUUUCAGCCCCGAGUUGUGCCCGCCUGUUGCUCGCUGCUUUUUCGCUCCCGUCUCGCGUGCUAUCCUCCUCCCCACAUACACAGCCUGCGCUUUGAUAUAGAGACUAGCGCCCCCACUGGUCUCCAAGCAAGGGCCGUGACUAUCCUGUGGAGAAGUCGGAGCUUACCAUUUCCCUUUCUUCGGCCGGCGUUCCGAUCCAAGCACACGACGUUUGAACGUCUCGACGCCUGGAUACGCUUGAAAUGUUGUUUUGGGGUUUGAGAUGCAGGCGCAUGUGAACCAUUUGUUCUAAUCUUGAAGUUUGGGACCUGAUGUAAGACUGACUGUCUCGGCGCUACCCAACAGCACAAAAGACGGCAGGCAGUCGUCGAGAACAUGGCCGACUCCGGCGCGACCGCAACCUCUUUAGCCACUCCCUCGCACGCGCGCUUCGACAACGACGAUUCACUGAUUUUGGCCGAAUACGGCCUGCCUGAGCUUCGAGCUUCCCCAAACGCGACCGCAAUCAGUCCUACCAACGUCAUGGGCUCAUUCUCCGACUUCGACAUGACAUUUGCGCAGAGCCAAGGAUUCGGUUCCAAUUUCGAUGGGAUACAACCAAAAAUUGAGGCUGGAUAUGCGGAUCACAGAGGCAGUGUUGGCAAUAUGAGUGAAGAAGGUAUGAGUGGCGGCGGGAGUGCGCAUCCAAAUCGGAUGAGCAUUGGAGGAAGCCCCGGCCGCGACGGAAACAAUACCAGUCCGGAGAGCGCGCCUGCCAUGGGCAUGCUCGCCAUUGAUCCCAUGAACGAAGCUUCGGCCUUGGCCAUGAAACUCAGUGGCAACGACGGCACAGACCAUUCGACGACAUCGCGCAGGAGUAAGGAUGAUACGCAAGAUCCACCGCUUUGGAGCGAGAUGAAAACAAAGGCUGGCAAGGAGAGGAAAAGGCUUCCACUUGCUUGCAUCGCAUGUCGCAGGAAGAAAAUCCGUUGCUCCGGCGAGAAGCCAGCCUGCAAACACUGUCUGAGGAGUCGGAUACCAUGUGUUUACAAGGUUACUACCAGGAAGGCAGCCCCGAGAACGGACUACAUGGCCAUGUUGGACAAGAGACUGAAGCGCAUGGAAGAUCGUGUCAUUAAGCUGAUACCGAAAGAAAGCUUACCUUCUGUUGCGAAUGUGGGCAGGUCUGUCGUUAAGCCCGCUAUCCCCGGCGCACCACCGAAGACACCCACCACGAAGAAGCGUGCCGCGGAAGAAGCUUUCGGUAACGAGUUGGACGAAUGGUCAAAAGCAAAAGUCGCAGACCCAGAUACCGCUGGUUCGACGUCUCGUGGCAAGGAGUCAGAUGAGAGCAAACUCUUAACAGAAGGAGCGGAAAGCUUGCCGUCAAAAGAGAUACAGGAACAUUUGGCUGAGGUAUAUUUCGAUUAUGUGUAUGGACAAAGCUAUCCCCUCCUCCACAAGCCAAGCUUCAUGCGAAGGCUCGCAACUGGAAAGGUUCCGCCAGUACUAAUACUAGCAAUGUGCGCCAUCUCAGCACGAUUUUCAAACCACCCACAGCUACGCACAGAGCCAUGUUUCUUAAGGGGCGACAGCUGGGCUGAGCGGGCACGCGAGAUUGCGCUGAAGCGAUACGAUGCACCCAACAUUACCAUCUUGAUAGUCUACUUAUUACUUGGACUUCAUGAGUUUGGCACUUGUCAAGGUGGACGGAGUUGGAUGUUUGGUGGUAUGGCGCAAAGAAUGGCAUAUGCACUGCAACUGCACAAGGAGAACGAAUACGACCCGCUCGUCAACGAGUCCGACAGGAAACCCUUAAGCGCUACGGAUCGAGAAAUACGGCGGCGGACUAUGUGGUCUUGCUUCCUGAUGGACCGAUUCAACUCCUCUGGUACCGAUAGACCACUCUUUGUACACGAGCAGUACAUCGAAGUACAGCUACCAGUCAAAGAGCAUCUGUACGUACACGAAAUACAUGCGCCAACAGAGAACCUGGAAGGCGCCGUGCCGAAUCCCGUUCCACCUGACAGCGGUCAAUUGGCGAAUCCGCGCGACAAUAUGGGCGUCUCAGCGUACACCAUACGUUUGGUAUGCAUCUGGGGUAAGCUUAUUAAGUACAUGAACUUGGGAGGAAAAGAACGCGAAGCAGAACCUAUGUGGUCUUCCGAUUCGACCUUCCAUGCUAUCAAGAAGGAGGCGAAGGAUUUCAAAGCGGCAUUGCCUGAGAUGCUUGUUUACAAUCCUGAGAACCUCAAAAGUCAUGCUAUUGGCAAGACAGCGAACUCGUUUUUGUAUCUUCAUAUCUUAUGGCAACAGAUCAUGCUGUUCAUGCAUAGAUUCGCGUUGCCUUCGACGGCAGGUAGCAGACCACCGAAGGAUAUGCCACAUGACUUCCUCACAGAGUCUGCUCGCUCUGCGCUCGACGCCGCGAACCAAAUCUCGAUGCUCAUCAACGAAGCCAUGGAUCACAACGUCGUCGCACCAUUUGCAGGCUACUCGGCCUUCUUCUCUUCGACCGUCCAUGUUCAUGGCGUGUUCUCGAAGAACCCAAAGUUGGAAGCGCAAUCGAAGAAGUAUCUGGCAUACAAUGUCAAGUACCUGACAAAGAUGAAGAAGUACUGGGGCAUGUUCCAUUACAUUGCAGAAAACCUCAAGGAGCUGUAUCGUCAACAUGCCGAUGCGCAGCUGAAGGGACCGAACGCGACCGGCGACAAGAAGAAAGGUAGCAUCUUUCAGUAUGGUGACUGGUUCGACAGAUACCCACACGGUGUCUCGAAAACCGACUAUGAAGAUGCGGCUGAGUCAAACCCAAAUGAGCCAGGUACUGAUGCCGUCCUGGGACACAAAAGCGAUCUACAGAGUGUGGAAGAGUUCUUCGCAUCUUUAUCUCCGCCAUCAAAAUCUGAUCAACAGCGCAAGCAGGCGCGCAAAAACAAAUCAAAAUCCAUCUCGAAACCCGAUCUUGCUUCGUCGAACAACCAAGAUAUGCCACGACUACAACGGCAGAAUAGUCAAGCUCAACAGAGUCAUACUGCCCGCUUGCAAGCACAACAGCAAAUGAACCAAAUGAACAUGGCCUCGCAAGAUGCAAUAGACGCCGCCAUCGCCGCUGGCUACGACCCUGCUGCUCUCUUUGCCCAACAACAGCAACAUACCUCUCCCCAGCAAUUUCUCGCUGAUUUCGCCGGUUCUCACCACGCGCAUCAACAACAUGCUCACCAUCCUUCUCUUCCACUCAUCAAUACCUCACCUACAAUGAUACACCCUUCGCACGCACACCAAAUGGAUCCUACAAACCUCUCCCCCUUCCCCGACCUAGCCAGCGACUUCAAUAAUGCUUUCUGGAAUCUCGACGCCAUGGGUCUGGGUGCCAGCGCCAACAACAACAAUUUCUUCGAUCCGAUGAGCAGUUACUUCGUGCCAUUCAAUGUGGAGCCGCCGCCACAACACGGUCUAGGUGAUGAUGGGGUUUUCGCAGGGCAGGGCGCAGAGGCGUAUGGUUUUGCGCUUGGUGCUGGGACGCCAGUGGAUUUGGAUAUGAUGCAUGGUGGUGGAGCAUCAAGGAUGCAUAGGGGGAGCGUUAGUGGGGGACGACCCACUUUGGGUAGAAGGGGGACGGGUUUGGAGUAAAAGGAUACUUAUUUCGUCUGACUGGCUUGGAAAGUUCGGGACGGAAAAACUAAUGUGGUGAUGAUUAUUGGGUAUAUACCAUUGAACGGAGUUCUCGUCAAUACGAGGCUGUGUAUAUGGCGUCGGUGUCGAUAACAAUUGGAGCGUCUCCAAG